UGUCACUCUGUCCCCAUGGUCCAAUUAAUGUCGCCCCGUUGCGACCUUUGAUUUCAAGCUGUCUCGCCCUUCGCGUAACCUAUCGUUCAUUCUCCCGGAACCGAUCCGCACUCGAGAGACACGAGGGCAGGCUGGGCUAGGGAACUAACACAUAGCUCGUUGGCUGAUCUUCUGGAAAACACGAAAUGCCGCCCAAGUCGAGGUUCACCAGGCUAGAUGCCUUCACCAAGACGGUUGAGGAUGCGAGGAUCCGGACCACGUCCGGUGGCAUCGUCACCAUCGUGUCCCUGAUUGUCGUCUUCUACCUCGCAUGGGGAGAAUGGGCCGACUACAGAAGGAUAGACAUACGUCCGGAGUUGGUUGUUGAUAAGGGGCGAGGCGAGAGAAUGGAAAUUCACCUGAACGUCACCUUCCCGCGAGUUCCUUGCGAGCUACUCACUCUCGACGUGAUGGACGUAUCGGGAGAGCAGCAACAUGGCGUCAUGCACGGCGUGAAGAAGGUGCGCCUCAGGCCGCAGGCCGACGGUGGAGCAGUGAUCGAUGUCAAGGACCUGUCGUUGCACUCAAGAGACGAGGCUGCGACACACCUCGACCCCAACUACUGCGGCCCUUGCUAUGGCGCGGAAGCUCCAGCCAACGCCCAGAAGCCCGGCUGCUGCAAUACCUGCGACGAGGUCAGGGAGGCGUAUGCGCAAGCAUCUUGGGCCUUCGGAAAGGGGGAGGGUGUCGAACAGUGCCAGCGCGAGCACUAUGGCGAGCGGCUAGAUGAACAACGGAGGGAGGGCUGCCGUAUCGAGGGCGGUCUGCGAGUCAACAAGGUGGUUGGAAACUUCCAUCUGGCUCCUGGCCGAAGCUUCAGCAAUGGCAAUAUGCACGUGCACGACCUCAAAAACUACUGGGACGCGCCUCUCGGUGUUGCACACUCCUUCACGCACACCAUCCACCACCUGCGCUUUGGACCCCAGCUUCCCGACGAUGUCUAUAAGAAAAUGGGCAGCAGGGAUCUGCCGUGGACGAACCAUCACCUGAACCCUCUUGACGGCACGCACCAGGAGACCAACGACCCCAACUUCAACUAUAUGUACUUUGUCAAGAUCGUGCCCACCUCCUACCUCCCCCUUGGCUGGGAGAAGAAGGUUGCUGCCCGCCAGGACGAGCUCAGCGAGCUCGGGGCGUUCGGGCAGUCCGCAGAUGGCAGCGUCGAGACGCAUCAAUACUCGGUUACCGUCCACAAGCGCAGCCUUACCGGAGGUAGCGAUGCGUCAGAGGGCCAUCAGGAGCGCCUCCAUUCCAAGGGCGGCAUCCCGGGCGUCUUCUUCUCUUAUGACAUCUCACCAAUGAAGGUCAUCAAUCGGGAGGAGCGGGCGAAGACGUUUGCAGGUUUCCUGGCUGGCCUCUGCGCCAUCAUCGGCGGCACAUUGACCGUGGCAGCGGCAGUGGACAGGGGCGUGUUCGAGGGCGGGAUGAGGUUGAAGAAGCUGCGGUCCAAGGAUCUCUAGCGGCGGACCAUGCACGUUUUCCUAUCGGCUUGCUUCCUCCGUUUUCGCAGUUACCCGGUUUCUGUAUUAUGCAUGGGAUGCGGAGU